GGCUGGGUGCGCUACUGACAUCCUGCUGAAAAGCUUUAUAUUCAGUGCACUCGGACCAAACUCCAUCAUUCCAGCUGAACGAAAGACUAAACUACAACAACUUUGCAACAGCAAGUAUUGUGCGAUAAUUCUUCAAUCAAGCUUCAUAAAUCUGUACAGUCUCCAAGAACUAAAGCCCAACUUAUUUUCAGCAUGGCGACUAUUAGGCGAAUUGUGCUCGGGUUGGUGGCGGUGUUGAUGUGUGUGGUCUCCUCUCAGGCCUACGUCAUCCAGAGUCGUGGUGAUAUUGAUGAGAUGACGACUGGAGACGAGGCUACCGACAAUGAGAUGCAGAUGCCAGACAUGAUGACGGCGGAGGAGGAGGCAGAGGUCGACGAAAUGUUUCCCGAUCAGACGAGAGACGACCUCAAAUUGGAACUCAUCUUGAAAGCACUUCAAAUUCUCAAGUCAUACGAAGGCCACUCCGUUUCGCUGUCUGGCUGGUUCCCGUCCUAUGACGUCAUGCCCAAUGAACUCAAGCUCCGACUCAUCCUGAAGGCGAUCAUAAUACUCAAGAACAGGCCGAUAGAUGCCGUGUUUGCCGGGCACAUCGUUGCCAAACUGAAACUGACGCUCAUCUUGAAGGCAAUUCGAAUUAUCGAGGAAAACCAUGGUGAUGAUUUCGGCCUGACUAUUGAUACUCAAGAUCUCAAGCUGGCUCUCAUCCUGAAGGCGAUUGACGUACUUGAGGCUUGCGGUGGUGACUUUGAGGACAACGUGUUUUUCACCAAGUCCAAGAAAGAGCUCAAACUCGCUCUGAUUCUCAAAGCCAUCGCGCUCCUCAAGCAAGGCAACUGGCCCAUCGACAUCGACGAUCUCUGGUCAAUGGAAGGCGAGGAUGGUGACAUGGUGUCAGAGGCCACCACGCAGGCGCAAACCACCGAGGAGGCGACAACACCUCGCCUGGUUACGAUGCUUGAAGGACCCAUCCACAAACCCUGGCUGAAGAAAGGCAUCAGCAAAGUCUUCAAGUGGUUCAAGUUUAUUCCCAAGGUCAUCCACAAGAAGAAGCAUCUUAUCUUCCACUAAACUCUCGCCAAUGUAGCAUCUUAUCUUCCACUAAACUCUCGCCAAUGUAGCCUAAUCGAGUUAGUUAAAGCCUAAUCGAGUUAGUUUAAGACGAGCAUACAUUAUACCGUUUACACAAAACCAAACGAGGCUUAAAGAUGUACCGUCCGUGUUCUUAAACAACUUAUUUUUUCUCCUGACAAAUUUUGACUGUAUUUAAAAGAAACACACACAAAAAACCCGCUUUUUUAUUGAAAUGGCAUUUACGUUUGAUCGCUUUUGUUCACAUACCGGUACAGAUCUGCCCUGUGAGUAGACUAGUUACCGAUCCCACCGAUUCUAAGGGUCGGAAACAAGACUAGUCUAUACUCUUAAAGAAGUGACUUAUUGUCGGACGGCAAAUAAUCAGAAAACCCAUAACUAAACGUGGGCCGAUUGUUUUUCGGUGGAUGUCUCAUUCACAAGUGAAUAACCUUUGCAUUGCUAGAACAUUCUAAAACCAAAUUUCUUCCUCGGCGUGAACUUACUCGAAAAUAGCACGUAUACAGUCAUCUUUAAAGCACUGUAGUUAAAACUAAAUGUUCACCUAUCUUUUGUUUUCAAUUUUUAGUUCAUGUUUCAUUGAUUAUAUCAACAGAAUAUUUAAUAAUGUAACGCCCUUUUGUGAAAUUCAGCACUUGUUUUAGUACCAAAAGUUCCCAAAGGUCACAUAGUCACGUGAUUAUACAGCGAUAUGCAUACACGUUGUUUGUAAGAUAAACCUGGAUCUAUUUUAAUGUUGCAAAAUUCGAAUGAGGUCAGUAUUUUUUUCACAUAAAACAUUAAAUUAUGAUUCCAAAUAGUGAAAGGUUUAGAAAGUUGAGCUGUAUUUAA